UCCUCCAAUUCCAAUAUAUAUAGAAAAAUCAUAAACUUGUAAUCACAGUCACAAAAAAAACUAUAUCACAUUUCAUUCUCUAUAUCCAAAAUGUAUGAACAAUCCAUCUCAGAUUCCGACGUUGCUCUUCUCGAAUCGAUCAGCAGGCAUCUCCUCGACGAUGCCGACAUCUCAGAAAUUUUUCCGAUGAUGGUUCCAUGCAUUGCACCACCGGUCAAUGAUCUGAGUUCGAGUUUUGCUGCAUGGCAAGCAAUGCCAUUAAAUGGGUCGUCGGAGAUGAUGAUCGAGUUUGGAGCGAAGGAUGUUACGGAGGAGGAAGUGGUGGCGCGUGGUGAUCACGUGCCUCGGGAGUGGAGGAGGUAUAGAGGUGUAAGGCGGCGGCCGUGGGGGAAGUUUGCGGCGGAGAUAAGGGACCCUAAAAAAAAGGGUUCUAGAGUUUGGCUCGGGACAUACGAGACACCUGAGGAUGCUGCAUUGGCUUAUGACCAAGCUGCUUUUAAAAUGCGGGGUUCAAGUGCUAAGGUUAAUUUUCCGCACCUUAUUGGCUCAGAUGACUUGGAGCCGGUUAAAGUGAAUCCGAGGCAGCGGCGGUCUCCAGAGGCUUCAACUUCAUCUUCUUCGUGGGAAAAUGAAUCCCCAAAGCGGAGGAAAUGCGUGGUUGGCCAAGUGUUGGUAGUUAAACCCGAGUUGGAUACUAAUAGUGUUUGA